GCGAAGCCUGGCAGUGAAAUGCCCCAGGCUCUCUGAGGCGCACAAAGCGCAGGCGCAGCGGGUUGGGUGGCAGCUGCAUCGAGUAGCGCUGGUUUUGGCAGCAGCAUCCACAACAGGUGUAGACAGGUCCCGCCUGACUCCAUCCUGGAAAGUCCCUUUGAAGAAAUGGCCCUGGUGAGGGGCGGCUGGCUGUGGAGACAGAGCUCCAUCCUCCGCCGCUGGAAGCGAAACUGGUUUGCACUAUGGCUGGAUGGGACGCUGGGCUACUACCAUGAUGAGACAGCGCAGGACGAGGAAGACCGUGUGCUCAUCCAGUUCAAUGUCCGUGACAUAAAGAUCGGCCAAGAGUGUCAUGAUAUACAGCCCCCAGAGGGCCGGAGCCGAGAUGGCCUGCUGACCGUGAACCUGCGGGAGGGCUCCCGCCUGCACCUGUGCGCAGAGACUAGGGAUGAUGCUGUAGCAUGGAAGACGGCAUUGCUGGAGGCGAACUCCACUCCGGUGCGCGUCUACAGCCCGUACCAGGACUACUACGAGGUGGUGCCCCCCAACGCGCAUGAGGCCACGUAUGUCCGCAGCUACUACGGGCCGCCCUACGCAGGCCCCGGCGUGACGCACGUAAUAGUGCGGGAGGAUCCCUGCUACAGUGCUGGCGCCCCGCUGGCCAUGGGCAUGCUUGCCGGAGCCGCCACCGGCGCUGCACUGGGCUCACUUAUGUGGUCGCCCUGCUGGUUCUGAGUCAUGGGACUGGAUCGCUGGACCCUGCGCUUAGACCGCUAAACCCCUUUUCCUCCUGGACCCCACCCUCCACCCUCCAAGCCAAAUGAGCCCUUUCCUCUCCUUUAGCCCUUUUUGGGCUUGGACCAUCCCUCCCACUCCUUACCCUCACCCCAUGCCCACCCAUCGGAAGAAGUUAACAUCUUCAGCACAAACGUGGUUCUACUGCUAGACAUCCCAGAAAUCCCUUAUAGACACCUAUAUUUCAUCUAACCACACGAAGACAGUAAAUAUAACUUUCAUUUGGCUUCAAGUUCUUCAGGUGCUGGAAAGAGAACGCGUGUUGCACGCUCUGCUGUCUUUAGGGGCAGCUCCAGGCCUAGUGGGAAAACAGGAGUAAACAAACACUUUGUGCUAAAACUGCAGUUGUGUCUUUUGACAAGUGUAGGGGCAGGGAGCAAAGCGGGUGGAUUGGGAGUGCUGUUGUUGACUAGUUUAGAGCCCUGAAUGUCAUAGCAUGUCCGAAGGGGAGAUCAGUUGGGCUGGAUCAGAUCAUGAUGGGCCUCCAGGCUGUUGCUAGGUAAAUGGGAGAUGUGACCUUUUUAUGGAGUGAAGUUUCAGGAUUGCACCUAUGAUGAAUAUUUUGCCUGUAUUGUUAGUCCUGACAUAUCCUUACCCCAAAUACUCUUGAGUUCAGCUCCAUCCUUCCUAGUACCAUCUUCCUGGGUUCCCUGUUCCCCAUGACAACAAUUGAACUGAACCUGGGGGCUCCCGGUUGGGGACCAGGUGAGCUCUGUUUGGGAGCUCCAGCCUUAGAAAGUUGCCUCCAUUAGGAAAUGCCUUUCUGAUCCCAGGAGCUCUGUCCAUUGCUGUGAUUGUCCCCAUCUCAGGCUUUGUCUGAUCUUUCAUUCUGGGGAGAUAGCAGUGUUUCCCUCUGGGACUGACACACCUUUAUACCAUUCUGGGAAGCUCCCCAUGUGCCUGCCUGAAGGUGGCCCAGCAGUCUGCCCAUUUGGUCCCUUCCAGUCUCUUCCUCCACCCAAUCCCAAUUGCCAGUAGAAAUGCUAGCUAGCAUCCAUGCCCAGUAGCCAAAGUAGCUCACUAAUGUCCCCUGUAGACAGGGGCUCCAUUGGCUCAGCUGCAGAGACUAAUAAAGAUGUGGUUGGCUCUA